GCUGUCAAAGCUUGUGUUGGUUGUUUUGGAAAUCUUUACAACAAAAAUCUAGGCGUAUCGAAAACGCAACUGCACGGAUUUCAGCUGCUGUACGGGGGUGUUUGCGAAUUGCCGAACAAUUAAUUUGCCAGGCAGCUGUUUGUGUACGCGGUGCGACAAAGCAUCUACCUCAGGAAACGUCGCAACAUGGCAAAGAAAGCAUUCCAGCACCAGGCGGGCACGGCCAUGGAAUGUUUGAGCAUUCCAAUUACGUUACACAAAGAGAAGGACAUUGACGAGGAGGGACGAGAGGUACUGAAAUGUGGAUUCAAAAUUGGUGGAGGCAUUGAUCAGGACUUCCGGAAAAGUCCCCAGGGUUACACGGAUUACGGAAUCUACGUGACGGAGGUUCACGAAGGUAGCCCAGCGGCAAAAUCGGGCUUACGGAUGCAUGACAAAAUUUUGCAAUGUAAUGGUUACGAUUUUACCAUGGUUACGCACAAAAAGGCCGUUAGCUACAUACGUAAAAAUCCCGUCCUGAACCUACUUGUUGCACGGAAAGGCGUUACAUCUACCUAAGCAACGGAUGUGUUGAAAAGCACAGGCCUACUACUGCGUUAGCUUACUGCGAAAAUUCUCAACAAUGCGCAAUAGAUAAGGAAAUGAUAGAAAUUAUUCCUUUCUCCCAAGAGAGGCAGGGACCGCACGACAUUCCAAGGAAAAAGUAUCCUAUCUUAGCAUCAAUACGUAACGGACUUCCGUAUAUCAAGCAUUCCAUUGCACAAUAGUCCUUGGCGGUAAACUAAUCACAGCUAUUUUAGCGACACAUUUUACCGACACACAAAACUAUCGUCUUCAGGAUAACUCCCUUCACUUUCUCUCCCUUUCUUAACGACACUUUCGUCAAGCGCAGCCUUGUGUGCAUACGCCAGCUAGAUUUUAUACGCAUUUUUGCAACAAAAAGAGGAAAGGAUAUCGUUUUUAUUGCAUAUUUCUAUUGAUUAUUUGUAAGCAUGUUUCUCUAGGUAUAGUAAUGAUCGUGUUAGGUGUUAAACGCUGUUUUCACCACGAAUGCGUAUGGUCCGAAUGCGUAUGGUUAAUCGGUCGGGGGCUGCGUGAAUGCCCAAUGCGCAUUUAUAUAUAUACAUAUAGUUGCUUACUAGGGAGAUCCUCCUUUUUUGUGAGAUUUUAGCGCAUUUUAGAAGUGAAUGAUGUUGUAGUAGGAUUUAGGUUAAAUUAAAAGGGGGAAAAAACAAAAACAAACUACAAAAGAUAUAGGAAAGGAGAACGGUAGGGAAGAGCAGAAAUGACAAAUCGAGAAAAAAAAAAUGAGGAACCACACGGAGCAUAAUCGAAACGAAACUUGAUAGAAAACUUGUUGGACGGUAAGGUACGUGUUUUCAUUUCUUUUUUACCCACAACACACAACGUAACAUACAUACACAUUGAUAUAUUAUAAAGACCAUCGUACGGGAUGAGUUCCCGUAGUUCACCAACGGUGGUAAUCACUUUCAUAUUUUAGCUAUUAAAAAUGUAUGCCAAAGUAAGAUUAAACUAUGUAAACGAGA